GCCACCCCUCCAGCAUCGGCCGUUUGGAGUGCGUGGGGGCGUUGCCUGCGGGCGCGCAUGCGCACGGCCCGGCGUUAACGGCCGUGCUGCCGCCCGCGGUACCGGCCCUGCUGCCCGGGCCCCCUUCGCCGUCCGUGGCUCAGCGGCUAGUUUGUGCCCUUGUGGCUGCCCGACCCUUUUCUAUCGCCUGAGCUCCCGUGGCAGGAGAAGAUAAGGUGUGCUGUUCUUUGGAUUUGGGUGGCUGUUCUUCAUGCGUAAGCUCUUCAAGGAUUAUGAGGUACGACAGUAUGUGGUCCAGGUGAUCUUCUCUGUGACUUUUGCCUUCUCUUGUACCAUGUUUGAACUCAUCAUCUUUGAGAUUUUGGGGGUGCUGAACAGCAGCUCUCGGUAUUUUCACUGGAAGCUGAACCUGUGUGUCAUUUUGCUCAUCCUAGUCUUCAUGGUACCCUUCUACAUUGGUUACUUUGUUGUGAGCAAUAUCAGAUUAUUGCACAGACAGAAACUGCUUUUUGCCUGUGUUCUUUGGUUGACGUUCAUGUAUUUCUUCUGGAAACUGGGAGAUCCAUUUCCUAUCCUCAGCCCAAAACAUGGAAUCCUGUCUAUAGAACAGCUUAUCAGCCGUGUGGGUGUGAUUGGGGUGACACUCAUGGCUUUGCUCUCAGGAUUUGGCGCUGUCAACUGUCCAUACACUUACAUGUCCUACUUUCUCAGGAAUGUGACAGAUGCAGAUAUUCUGGCUUUAGAGCGACGACUCCUUCAAACUAUGGAUAUGAUUAUUAGCAAGAAAAAAAGGAUAGCAGUGGCUCAUAGGACAAUGUUCCAGAGAGGAGAAGUACAUAACAAACCCACUGGUUUCUGGGGAAUGAUAAAAAGUGUUACAACGUCUGUUUCAGGCAGUGAAAAUCUGUCCCUUAUUCAGCAAGAAGUGGAUGCCCUAGAAGAGCUGAGUCGGCAGCUUUUUCUGGAAACUGCUGACCUGCAUGCAACAAAGGAGAGAAUAGAGUAUUCCAAAACUUUCCAGGGAAAAUACUUUAAUGUUUUGGGUUAUUUUUUCUCUAUCUAUUGUGUCUGGAAAAUCUUCAUGGCAACCAUCAAUAUUGUAUUUGACCGUGUGGGGAAGACUGAUCCAGUCACAAGAGGAAUUGAGAUCACUGUAAAUUAUCUGGGAAUCCAGUUUGAUGUGAAAUUCUGGUCUCAGCACAUUUCCUUUAUUCUUGUUGGAAUAAUCAUUGUCACCUCUAUCAGAGGAUUACUAAUUACACUUACAAAGUUCUUCUAUGCCAUUUCCAGCAGCAAGUCCUCCAAUGUUAUUGUUCUGCUUUUAGCACAGAUCAUGGGUAUGUACUUUGUGUCAUCUGUGCUCCUGAUCCGGAUGAGUAUGCCUCUAGAGUAUCGCACUAUUAUUACUGAAGUCCUGGGAGAACUCCAGUUCAACUUUUAUCAUCGUUGGUUUGAUGUGAUAUUCCUAGUUAGUGCACUGUCCAGUAUUCUCUUCCUUUAUUUAGCACACAAACAAGCCCCAGAAAAGCACAUGACCCCCUAAGUAAGGACUGGAGUCACGUACUGGACUUUGUCCUUUGAGCUGGACUCCUGCAACUCCUGUGGACUACAAAACUUGAAGAAAGCCGGGACUGUUCUGGGUGUUCCAGCAGUGUAAUUGGCUCUUGGAACUUCCAUGUGUGUCUUCAUCAAGCUCUGUGGCUCGUUUUGUUAAGGUGUCACAGCUUGAAGGAAAGGUGAUGCACAUAUUGAAUGUGAGAUAGUUCAUUGCCAAGGAAUAAGUGCACUCCUUGGUACAUCAAUGUCUAGGGGGAGUGGAACUUUCUGAGUAGGCUGUCUUGGGUAAGACCUCUUACUUUUAGAAGAAUGUUUUCAUAGAGGGCACCAAGGAAAUGUGAUUCUUCGUUUGAAAAUCAACUCCCAAUUGGGAUUCAGAGGAUGGCAGUUCUGGAGUUGAAUGUUUGAGCUUGUGGAAUUAAAUAAGUUUUUGUAAUAUCUUAUGCAAGCAUCUCAACUUUUGUCAGCCUCAAGUAUUUGGCUGGAAGUGAGCUAGAAAGUGGCCAGGAUUUGUUGCCUGGCAGAAAGUGGAUAGAAUUUCAUUCCGUUUGUGUAUGGAGGGUACAGGAGUGUGUAUUACUGGUACCUACUGUCCUGAGUCUCAUCUUUGUUUCUCUCUGUGCAUAAAUGGAACUGAGGUUUUGGAUUCCUCUUUUUAAAAGUUGAGUGUGAAGCCAAAGACUACUGUUAUGCUUUGUUUAACUUAUACAUUACAAAUGUGUUUACCUUAUGUGCUGUGUAUUUGGUGUUCCCCACAACCUGUGUAUUCUUCUACAGUAGCCCUUUUCCUCUUCUUGAUGUAAUUCCAGGCAUAAAAGUAAAUUUUAUUCACAUGACUUAAACUUGUAGCUUUCUAUGUACACUCUCAGGCUUGUUUUAAAAUUGUUCUGGAACACAAAUCAUAUGUGGUAAGAGUAAGACCUGGGGAAAAAAACCAGCCACUCUAAACAAUUUAUUUGUGUAUUGUCUUUGGUGUACAGCAAGGAGGAAAAGUAUACAGCAGUGGUAUUACAGAGCUAUUUAUGUCUCAUUCACAACAACAUGGUUUUGACUUGGAGUCAGAGAAACAUGCAUGACUGAAUUGUGUAUUAACUACGGUGAUCCACAGCUGUAGGCCGAGGAGAGAGAAUAUGCUUAGAUGUCUUGAGUUAUGAAAUUAGCUUAAUGUUUGAAAGAAAUUUCUGCCUUGUUAGCAAGAGAAGGGAGCGUAAUGCACAGAGUACAUUGGUUUAUGCCAUCUCACAGUGGUUGUGCUGCUGUAAGUGUAGCAUAGAAGAGUUGCCACAGAGAUUGUGUUGAUGCAGUUGGAUUAGGGUGGGAACUGCCCCUCCUGGGAGAGGGGGAGAAAUCAAUUGCUCUUUAUUAAGAGCUUAUCCUUAAAAGGCUAAGAUGCUUAUGAAUUCAUAAAAUGUUUCUGCCUUCUGCUGCAGUGUACUUAAUUAUAUACUUCUAGCUAUUUAAGCCUUUGCAGAAGUGACCUGUUUUACAAGGCAGGAAGCCAAUGAAGCACGAUUGCAGUGUGUUAACUGAAUGGAGGUUACACCGAAGUGUUUAUUUCAAGCAGCUGCAUUUCAGCAAGAGACUGCAGUCCUUUACAGGUAUGGCACUCCUAGGAAUAGACAAGUUCUGGGAGGUGUAGUAGCAAAGAACAAUUGAAGAAAGUGCAUUUGGAAGGUUUCUUUUUCAUUCUUAGUGUAGUUUUUCUCCUCACAACUUUGUGUCAUCGUUGUCACUGUCUGCUCUUGUAGAAGCAGCUGAUUGUGAAGAGGAGGAUGAGCUUGCCUGCAGAGGAGUGACAAACAAAUACGUUCUAAUUAUUUUUAGUUUGUAAACAUGCUUGAUAGUCUGCAGUGUUAUGAAGGACUCUUACUUUCAUCUGCACUAAUCGUAUACUUGUUUGGAUAGCGGAAUGAGCCAACAAAUUUGAUUUUUGUUGUGGAAGUGCUUUUCGGUUAAGCACAUUUAGAGAGAAAUUUAUUCAGUAGAUGUUUCCUAUUUUUUAAUUCCCAAACCUGCUGAAUUUGCACUUCAGGUGCAUAGUUCAGAUCUGUAAAGUGCAGCUUUGUUACUAAGAAACUUUUGAAAAAAAACUUGUAGCUGAACAUUUGCAGACAAGGCUAAUGAAAAAUGAAAAGAGAGAUUAUUGGUCUCACUCUUCUUUGCCUGUCUCUUUUGCAUGAUCAGAAAAGAAGCAUUUAAAUAUUUCAGGCUGACCAUGCAGAGGGUUCAAAGUGACUGUUUCACAAAGAAAUUUCUGCAUUUCUGACUUUGGUUGUUCUUUAGAUUCUUUCUGAUGGCAUAAAGUGAAUAAAAUAACUUCAAACUGGCACAGUUUCUAGAAAACACCAUAAUGUAUCAACUACUCUGCCUUCUACAAAAUGAUCUAUUUUGAAAUAUUUCACCUGAUUUUCUCAAAAGUGCUUUAUGCUUUUUUGUGUAUUUAAGCACUUUUUCUCCUGCACUUUCAGGAUUGUAUUGCCUGUUUCCCAUCUUCAUUAAGGAUUACUGUAUUUGGAUUAUCUUAUUCCAUAAAAUGUCUUGUAUGUGCAUCCUUUCCAUGAUUCAGCCUCGCAUUAAAGAUACUUGUCUGUAUUGUGUCUGGGAAAA